AUGAGACCGAACAUCCCAAAUCUUGAUGAUAUCUACGUUCUAAUUGUUGCUGCUGUUGCUGUCGUUGUUAUUGUUGUUGUUGUUACUUUUGCUGUGGCAGUUUCUGUUGCUAUUAUUGCUGUUUCUGUUGCUGUUUCUUUCGUCGUUGCUGUUUCUGUUGCUGUUGCCGCUAUUGUUGUUGCUAUUGCUGUCAUUGCUGUUGUUGUUCCUGCUGUUGGCAUCCAAAAUGUUUGGUCCAGGUUCUACUGUAAGCUCUCCUACAAGAUUCGUGUGAUAAACACACAUUACGCAAACUGUACAUUUGAAAGGGACCUCUGUGGAUGGACUAACGAGAAGCAAAGUGAUGAUUUAGACUGGAUCCGUUAUCGAGGAUCCUCACCCACAAGGUUAACAGGACCUUCUCGAGAUUUUUCAGGAAACGGCCAUUACAUUUAUAUACAUUCGGGGAAUGGCAGUCCAAGAGAUAAAGCAAGACUUAAGAGUCCCUUGAUGACUGGUACGCAGUGUAUGACGUUCUACUACAAUUUCUACGGCCAAACAAUGAGUUGCGUUAUUGUUUACAUCAAAACUACCGACGGUACUGAGAAAGUUGUGUGGAUCAAGUCGGGCCACUGGGGAGACCGCUGGAUCAAAACACAGAUUGAGAUCAGUGAAGAGAAGGCCAGCUAUCGGAUCAUUGUGGAGGGAGUUAGAGGAAGUUCGCACCUUGGCGACGCAGCCUUGGACCAGUUUCAUUUCAUAAAUGGAUCAUGCCAGCAAGCCCGCCCUGUGUUUCGCGUCAUGUCAACGAGGGAAGACAACAACAACAUUUAUCGCGUGCAUGCAGUACCAGCCCACGACCAAUGGCUACACAUGUUCUCAUUUACAACUGGUCAAAGCCGGUGCAAAGAAAACGAUACCAUGUAUUUCAUUUAUCCUCCGUCCAGAUCCGGAAAGUCAAUCAUAUCCUCAACCCUUCAUCUCAAUGACUCUGACCGUUUUCCAAAUGAUUUCUUCAUCGCUGGAAGAAAUGAACACACCAAUGAUAUUUUUGAGUUAACCAUAAAUUCUAACAUUUCCAAUAAGAUAACCGUCUCAAACCAAUCAACCGACUGUUGCUAUUCAGCUCGGACGAGCAGAAUUCCAGUUAUACUUCUCCCGGAGAGUAACAGAAGCUGUUAUCCUGGCUGGAAAGCUGUCGGAUCGACUUGUCUUCGUUUCUUUGUCAACACGAGAAGGACCUGGGACGGCGCUCGUGCAUUUUGUCGGCGCCUAGGAGGAGACCUAGCAUUACCAAAGAUGUCUGAGCCUUUCAGUACAACUUUGACGGAACUACUUAUGCUCUUGACCAACGCAGAGACCGACCUUUAUGUUGGAUUUCUUCGAUCGAGGCUCAGGGUUGGAGCUGACAAGUGGGUUUGGAACGACGGAAAGACAGUGGACGGGCAGCAGUUUAAGCGCGGUUAUCCGAUGAACGGUUUAAAGAAAUCAUGCGGCGCGUUGAGUAAGGAUGACAUGAAGCUUUUGAAUACUGACUGUAGCAAUAUGAAUGGAUUCAUAUGUGAAAGCUACCAAGUGAAUGUGAUCAAGUAUAAAACUGAUGGCAAUGACGUUUUUGAGGGAAACGUCUCAGUGACAGCGGCGGACCAGUCUCAGUUGUUUGGUCCUUUAUUCCAGAGAGAGGGAAGUGCCCGGAAAUGGAUAAUUACACUUACCAGGCGGAUCUGGGUAUUCUCAGCUACAGUAGACAUGUUUAUCAGCUGCUGUGAUCAACAUACAAAAACGACAAAGUUGUUAGUAUCUGAUGGCAAUAUGUUUUACAUAGAGUGUGAAGAAACUGCUAUCGUCAAUCAUCCGCCUACCACUUUUGCGUUUCGAUGUACACCACCAAGGAGCGGUUCACAGGUCCUAUUAGAGCUCCUUGACCAUCAGUGGAAUCCCCCCAUCAAUAGUGUUGCGGUGUCUGGCUUCGGAUUAGUAAUGUCAAAGCGUCCUGGUGUGUCGCGCAAGAUGAAGAUCACGAGUACAUCAGUUUUAAGUCAAAUCGCCAUGAGAACUCCUCAUGCAAACCUUUCCUUGGCAGACUCUAUUGGCAAAGCUCAUGGAACUAGUAGAGAAUUAUGGUAUAGGUACGUUAACACUGAAGGAUUUGCCACACUUCGCGAGAAUCCAAUUUUUGAACAGCCACCAGAUGGAUACACAACGACAUUUAACAUGUCUGCCGCAUUUGAAGUCAGCGACAACUAUGGCGAACGAUUGACGGCUUACCUGAAGGUACCGAAGAGUGGGAACUAUACUUUGUCGUUGUCUUGUGGAGAUGAAUGCGAAUUGUGGUACACAGAAUAUCACGAAGAAGAACUAUCAUUUGAGGAAAAGUUACCUUCCAAUUCGGGACUAGUUGAGACCAUGUUGAUACAGUUACGCAGAUGGACAAUUUACGACGAGCCAGACAGAUGCCUGAGGAAGGAAGCCAAGUCAGGGGUGUACCUAAAUAAAUGUCGGUUAUAUGCACUGCAAGUGUAUAUGAAGGAAGAAAUGCAAUUUAAAUGUUUAUCUGUUGGAAUUAGUGACCAGACAUUUAUAAAGGAAGAACCUAUUCAAGGCAAUCAUCUGUAUGCAUUUCCACCUGGAAAAAGAACCUUAAGUUUUACCAUUCUGCAACCAGAUUAUAUCAAUGCGAAAGUAUUAGCUCUUGGAUCCGUUUUACGCAUUAGGGACCAGUCUGGACUUAUUAAAAUUAUUUUGUUUUUAGCAUCGUACAAGUACUGUUGUCAAGGCAUGUACUGCCCAGAUUGUCCAUUAUUACUGGAGUUCCAUGCCUUUGGUAAUAAAUACCUUGUUAAUCCACAUGUCAACUUAACAUGCUCAGAAAACAUGUUCGAGAAAGAAAUAGAUGUAAUUGCUCAGCCUGGAGUCCAUUCCUUGAAGAUUUAUUACUCAUUCACAAAUGACUCAACAGAGUGGAGGGGAAAACAAAAAGUUGCUGAUGUUAUGGUUAAAGUUGCAACCAUUUCCAAAUUAGCAUCAGAUAACAUCCAAGAUUGGACACUCAACGGAUGGAUGGUAUCUGGAGGUGUUGGUUUGGUCAAUGAACUCCCUAAUGGCAAAAUAGAAAGCCCAUUGCUGCCAUGGAAACCAUUUUACAUGGACGUUGGGUUAUGCCUCCGCUUUAAAUUCACACUUUCUACUCAUUUUCACCCUUCAUUGAAUGUGUUUAUUAAAACUCCACAACAAACAGUUUUGAUUUGGAAAUUGCGAGGCCACCAAGGGAACGAACCCAACAUCGCAACAGUCUCGUGGAAGCCGCUAGAGAAAAUUCAAAUUAUUUUCGAGGUCCUUGGGUCUGGAAAUGGUACACCUAACAUAGUUGUCGACAAUAUUACAAUAACGACUGAAACAUGCGCACUGACACCAUCUCAUGCUUCUCCAGAUUUUGCUUGCAGUCCAAAUGAUUAUCAAUGCGAUAAUGGUGAAUGUACAAGCUCCUCACAGCGCUGUGAUAACGACGUCAACUGUAUGGACGGUUCAGAUGAAAAGGGCUGCACUUGCCUAACUGUUGAGUUAUCAUGUUCGACUGGUAGCUGUGUUCCAUCUAAUAAACUGUGCAAUGGAUUCGAUGACUGCUCAGAUGGAAAAGAUGAAAAAGUCUGUGGAGCUACAUGCCCUAGUAACAUGUUUCAAUGCGUAGACGGGACGUGUAUCCCAUGGUCGUCCACUUGUCGCCGUGACAACUACCCGGUUUGUCAAGAUGACACACACCAACCAUCAAUUUGCACAGCCAAUGAUUGUCCGCUAAACAACCUCAAAUGUAAAGACAACAGCUCCUCAAGGAAUUGUGAUAAGUACUUUAGAGGUCACUGCAGUUUUGAAAACGGCUUUUGUGGACUGAAACAUGACAAAAAUACUGAAUCUCAGUGGCUAUUGAAUUCUGGAAAGACCUCUUCGGCGCAUACUGGUCCAAGUUAUGAUCACACCACAUUUUCUGAAAAAGGUGCCUACAUCUACAUAGAAGCCUCAAACCGUCUCCAUGGUGAUCGAGCGCGUCUGACAAGCGAUUGGUUAAAGCCGAAUAAGAUUAUUUGUCUUCAGUUCUGGUAUCACAUGUUUGGCAAACACAUAGGAGAGCUGAUUGUUUACAUGGCUACUCACAGUUCGGAAACGAUUGUUUGGCAUGUCUCAGGAAACCAAGGAAACUCUUGGUUGCUGGCACAGACGACAUUACAAGCUGACAGCCGUUAUAAGUUUAUCCUAGAAGGAGUUUCUGUAGAGGGAAAUGAGGGAGAUAUAGCCAUAGAUGACAUCACAGUCCUGGAUGAAAGCUGUCACACAAACAACAAAUGGGAGAAUCCACACUGCUAUUUUGACGACAAAAUAUGCAACUGGGACAUGGAUGGAUCCUGGUUUCUGAAAGAACUCAGCGGAAGCCGAAAAGGCGGCUUCCUUAGUUUAAGGCCAGAGGGCAAGACAGUAAAGGGAACAAUAACUUCCCCCGUGUUUAGCGGCAACGAAUGGAAGUGUAUGCGCUUCUGGUACAGAAUCGAAUCGGGACGUGACGUCCAAUUAAGAGUAUUCCUAAAUGUAUCAGAUGUAUUACAACAGCUUUGGACAACAUCUCAUAGAAAAACUGGUUGGAACUUUGUUCAGCUGCCAAUCAACGCCGAGGGAACAACCCAGAUCGCAAUAGCCGGUACAUGUCGAGAAACGUCUAUUGAUAUCGAUGAUGUAUCCUUCAGUAAACAGCGCUGUAAUGAAAUACCAUGGGCUCCCUAUCAGGAAUUUCUUCCUCCUUUACUUCCUGGCUGUCUGAGCCCUCUUGGAAUGCAAGACGGCCGAAUAUUAAACUCUGCAAUAACAGCUUCAUCUUACUACAGAAGAAGGUCGGCUCCUAACAGAGCGAGGCUUCACAUGGCUUUACCUGAUAAAUAUAUCUCAGGUGGUUUCACAGGGGGCUGGUGUCAGUAUCCUAGUUCAAAGUACCAGUGGCUUCAAGUUGACUUUGGUUUCAUAGCAAGAGUAGGCAAGGUUGCUACUCAAGGAAAACAGGAAUUUGAUUUCUGGGUUACAAAAUAUUUCCUAGCUUAUAAACGAGACAGUAAGAGAAAGCGGUUGCUAUAUCGACAACAUGGAAACGUAAAGAUAUUUGAUGGUAAUUUUGACCGACAUACAGUGGUAAGCCACCAUCUUGUCCCUCGUAUCACCGCCCAGUUUGUCAGAAUUUACCCAUACAAAUUCAAUCAGUUUGGCUGUCUUCGAGUUGAAUACUAUGGAUGUCCGGCUGUUAAUAUCACUCGUGGAAUUCCGCACUGUUAUGCUCCCCUGGGAAUGCAAAAUGGACAGAUACCCAACGCAUCUGUAACAGCAUCGUCAAACUUCGGCUCCGCUCACCGCGCGCGGCUGUACACCGUAGCAGAGGGUGGUAAACCUGGAGCCUGGGUGGCCGCCGUAUCAGACACGAACCAGUGGCUUCAGAUUGACCUCGGAACUCUUGCCAUGAUAAAACGUCUGGAUACUCAAGGACGACACGGGGUUGCCGAAUGGGUCAGCAGUUUUACCCUAUCCUACAGUUCAGUGGAAAGCAACUUCAAAUUUUAUGCUCAGAUUUUUAAAGCUAACAGAAAUCAAAACACAAUAGCAGUAAACACAAUCAUCCCGUCCAUAUUGGCCAGGUUUCUACGUAUUCAUCCUCGCACCUGGGUUAAUGGGGUGGCUUUGAGAAUUGAAAUCUAUGGCUGCUUUGCAGUAAACAUGUAUAUCGAGAAGAUUAUAGACAAAGGAUGCUAUAAGGAUUAUACCGACAGAACCCUUGCGUCAUUGGAGACAACGAGUCCGUUAUUAGAUGGCAGUUAUAUGCAAAGGGCUGCUGCUAUAAGACGAUGUGCAAAGGCUGCUUACGAUUUGCAACUGAACGUUUUUGCGGUUCAAAACGGAGGGCAGUGUAUGGGAGGAAUCGGAACUCGUUUAAACUAUAACAGAUACGGAAAGUCUACCCAGUGUCAAGAGAACGGCCGCGGUGGACCAUGGGCUAAUCAAGUCUAUGAGAUCAAAAGAAAGUGUAAUUUGUCAGAUGAAUGGUGUGAUUGGAUGAGCCAAAAUGAUACAAAAACAAGAUGGAGUCUGGCGGAAGCGGCUGACUUAGUCAAAGCUAGCAAAGCCAUUGCAGAAUUUGCAUAUAACUUUGUAAACAAGGAAAAUCUAAAUGACAGACAGUAUGUAUUGGAAACAAGCAAGAACAGGCCACAGCGAAUCACCGCUCCGGUCUCAAUAGGGACAAGCAUUAAUGCAAUGACAGUAUGUUAUUGGUUACAGGAUAACUUUGCUAUUUUCUCCCUGAAAUAUGCAUCCGGCAACGACGCUGAGGAGACACCACCCUUCAGUUUACAUCAGAGUUUAGUUGGAGUUAAAAUGAAUGUCAAGGAAAGUGUUAUUUUAUCACAUUUGUCCGUGGAGAGAAAUGUCUGGCAUCAUGUCUGUGCCUCAUGGAGUUCUCAAUUAGGAUUCUGGAAAAUUUACAAAGAUGGAAAGCUCUUCGAUUUUGAUAGAUGGCUUAGCUCCGAACAAGUAAUAUCUGGGUCAGGAGUUACAACUAUAGAAUUCCAACAAGGCAAUCAAACGUUCUCAUCAAGAUUGACAGGUGUCAAUAUGUGGGACCAUAAUCUAGGAGUGGAGGAAGUAUAUCGUCUUUCUCUUGGAUGUGGACAAGAAUCAGGAAAUAUUUUGCGGUGGUUUGAUCUGAGGAAUAAAGUGGAUAUGACGGAGGACGAAAAGGAGAUAAAGGAGCCGGCUUGCUCGUAUCGUGAUGGUGUUAUGGCAAUAGUAAGCCAUGGUAUUGCAGAAAGGGUUACCUUGGUGAGUCCGUGGAACAAUAGAUCAGCAGACAAAUAUGGAAGUUGUCUCAAGUUCAGGUUUCUAAUGUUUGGACCUGGUGCUAAAGGAUUGGAGAUUCAUCAACAACUUGAAGAAAGUCAGUGGCCGAUUUGGAAAGAUUCUGAUAACAUGGUGCCGUACUGGCGACAUGGACAAGUUUCUCUGAGUUCUCUUGCGAGGAGCAAGGUUAUCAUUAAAGGAGACAUGGAAAGAGUGCCUGGUUACAUAGCUGUCGGAGGACUGUCUUGGGUCGAUGGGUAUUGUGAAUCUCAGCCUGUUGGAGCAGCCAAUCAAGCAUGUAGAAAAACACUGGUGGCGUCUUCUGGUUUUAUCUUAUCACCUUACUAUCCUGGGUUCUAUGCACCUAAUUCCAGUUGUAAUUGGCUAAUAACCGCGCCAGUUGGUCAUGUGAUACGUCUUGAGGUACUGGAUUUUCAACUGGAGCAUGACCCGCGAUGUGCUACUGACCACCUUGAGGUGACUGAUGGGAACACAGUAGGUGAAAAAAACUUGGGAAGAUACUGCGGAGAUGAAAUUCCGAAACUAAUGCAGUCCACAAGAAAUACACUGCACAUCGCGUUCAGGUCGGACAUGAGCGUCCAACGAACAGGCUUUAAAAUACACUAUUCAUUUAAAGUACAAGCUGAGGAUAGUGCAUGUAGCAGCAAACGAGAUUGCCCAUCAGGCUGUUCGUGCUUCCAGACAACUCUCGGAAAUUUUUUUGUCCAAGGUUUUGAUCUAAGAACUGUUCCGGGAAACAUGCCAUCCUACACAAAAGCCUUAGAUCUCAGUAGAAAUGUAAUUCUGAUGUUAGCUGAUUCUUCGUUUCAAGGAUGUCAGAAUUUAAAAACCAUAAGUUUGAGGUCUAAUGAAAUAAGGUCUCUGGAGAUGGGAAUGUUUAGCCAGCGGUGUAAUUUAACAUAUCUAUAUCUUCAGGAUAACUUGAUUGAAGUAAUUCCGGACAAAUUAUUUAACAAUCUUGGAAACCUAAAGGUUCUCUACCUGAACAACAACAAGAUAAAAAGGAUAUCAAUGCACACCUUUGAGGGAUUAAUAUCAUUACACACUCUGUAUCUAGACAAUAACAGGAUAGUGGACCUCCCUGCUGAAACUUUUCAUGCUUUGGGCAGUUUACGAAAACUCACCAUGGAUCAUUUCACCCACUGCUGUUAUGCUGUUAGAACAAUUCCUCAAUUACAGUGUGAUGCUCCUGCCGAUGGUUUCUCAAGCUGUGAUGACCUCAUGAAAAAUAAAACUCUCCAGAUAUUCAUAUGGAUUCUUGGAAUCUUAGCAUUCGCAGGGAAUUUGAUUGUGGUUCUUUGGAGAUGUUUCUUGAAAGAAGAUAAUCGCGUUCACUCAUUCCUGCUAACAAAUUUAGCGAUAUCUGAUUUUCUUAUGGGGAUAUACUUAUUAAUAAUCGCCAUUAAAGACACUCAGUGGCAGGGAGUGUAUUUCAAACAUGACUUAUCCUGGAGGACAGGUAAACUGUGUCAGUUCGCCGGCGUGUUAUCCAUGGUUUCAAGUGAGGUGUCUGUGGCAAUGUUGACAAUUAUCACAGCCGACCGACUCAUAUGCAUAGUAUUUUCAUUCAGAUUCAGGAGGCUUUCUUUCAAGCGUGCAUGUUUUUUGUGCACAGUUGUGUGGCUCUUAGGAAUCAUGAUAUCCACAGUGCCACUGAUGGGAAUUGAUUAUUUUAAUGACACGAAAAAAGGUGUAGGUUUUUAUGGUCGUUCAGCCGUGUGCCUUCCUCUCCAGUUGUCAUCUGACCGACCAGCAGGUUGGGAGUAUUCUGUGUCUUUCUUCAUCGCCUUUAAUUUCGUGGCUUUCAUGUUUAUGCUUGUUUCUUACAUUGCUAUGUUCGUUAAGGCAAAGAAAAUUGGCGGAGCCGUCAGAUCGACCAACGUUAGAAACGAGACUGCUAUGGCGACAAAAAUGAUGUUCAUAAUCCUCACAGACUUUUUCUGCUGGAUACCAGUCAUCAUAAUCGGAAUAUUAUCUUUAACAGGAAGACUGUAUGAUCCAAAGCAGCUUGUAUAUGUUUGGAUAGCGGUUUUUGUUCUUCCUGUGAAUUCCUCCAUCAAUCCUCUUCUUUACACAUUUUCUACAACCGCCUCCAGGAAAAAGUUGAAAACUCUGACGGGAACGAUGAGCUCAUUUGUAAGAAGAACUCAUUCUUCAGGAGGACAAGGGAGAUUAGAUACGCACCUUGAUAUAACAUUGUCAACCGUGACUCCUAACUUGCCUGACAGAAAAACAGCCAUUGGAAAGACUGACGUGAAGAUUAUUGAAUUUUGUAACAUAUUUAAUGACUGCAGCUCCAAUCAGUCUAUGGGAUAUGCUACUUGCUGGGUGGAAAAAGACAGUUUGGAAAUGUGCCUUUUGAAGUACUUUACAAGAUCUAAAGAGAAAGACUGGAAAAACGAAAUUGAAAUUUUAAGAGAAAUAGCUAAAAAUGGUGCACAUGACAACCUGAUUGCAUUCCGCUGGCAUUCCGAAGUGUGUGAUGUCAACAUUGGUUUUCAAACGACCAAGCUACCAUCCAUAAAGAACGCUAACUUGUUAAUUUGCUUUGCCUUUGUGUCAAGCACCUCGUUGAGCGAUUUCCUUGAGGAAGGUGUUGGAAGAUGUGAACCAAGUAUUACCCAACUGCUAAUUGUACUUUUAGAUGUUGUCAAGGCUGUUGAACACCUUCACAAAACAGGAAUCUGUCAUAAUAAUAUUUCUCCGUCCAACGUACUCGUUUCCUUCAACGAAGGGGUUCGACCAGUGAAAGGAGUACUUGGAAACUUUGGACGAGCCUUUUUGCUUAAACAAAAUGACAACUCUUCCUUUUUGCGCCAAGAAGAUCUUCGACAAUUUCGCAAAUUGAUGGAAACAGUUGUUGGUUACAGAAAUUUUGCACGGAAAACAAAUGAGGUAAGUAUAAUCAAGGAGAUUCUUGCACUGUGCAAGGGCAACGAGGACGACACACAAGACGCCACACAUAUCCGGGAAACACUUCAAAGAAUAAGUAGCUCCCUAAAGGAAAGUGCGAGGUUCUAACACAGCCAAGCAUCGCAACGACAAAAUUGUAACUACAGUUGCAUCUAAACGAGAAUCUCACAAUGCAUGCAUGUAUUAAACAUGGUUUGUUUUCAUGUAAUGACUUAACUAGUAAUAUUUCUCCAGUCGAAAGGAACCAUCGACUUUUUUCAA